GUUCAAUUUCCAGACAAUUGCUUAUAGGUCUGUACUGUCGUUUAAGAAAAAGGGGCUUGGCUAGUAAAACACAAAAUUCUCGCGAGUUAAAAAACAAAACAAAAUGGCAGCUCCCUUAGUGAGAAACUGCUUUAAGCUUGGAAGAAAUACUGUUAGACCAUGGAGCCUAGCGUCUGCUUGGAAAGUACAGCCAUCUGUAACGAGGUCUAUCAUAUCAAAAGCAGCAGGAGCAGAACGUGCCAGUGCAAACGAUGCCCUUUAUGCUCCCCUUCAAACUUUCACGGAAGAAGAGGCAAUGAUGAAGGAAGCAGUUAAGAAGUUUGCCCAAGAGCGCAUUGCUCCAUUAGUGUCGAAAAUGGACGAGGACUCGUGUAUGGACGAGUCAGUUAUCCACGGGCUAUUUGAACAAGGGCUGAUGGGCAUUGAGAUCCCAGAACAGUACGGAGGGACUGGCUCCACUUUCUUCUCUUCCAUCCUGGUCAUUGAGGAGCUGGCUAAAGUGGACCCGUCGGUGGCUGUGAUGUGCGACAUCCAGAACACUCUCAUCAACACCCUCUUCAGAGACCAUGGGACCGAGGAGCAGAAGCAGUGUUAUCUCACCAGACUGGCCAAGGACAUGAUAGGCAGUUUCUGCCUUUCAGAGGCACAGUCUGGCAGCGAUGCCUUUUCGUUGAAAACCCGAGCUGACAAGCACAAGGACUACUAUACCAUCAACGGGUCCAAGCUGUGGAUUAGCAGUGCGGAGCAGGCUGGCGUGUUCCUGGUUAUGGCUAACGUAAACCCCUCUGCUGGUUACAAGGGGAUCACAUGCUUCAUCUUGGACAGAGACACAGAGGGGCUUCACAUCGGGAAGAAGGAAAACAAACUGGGCCUCAGGGCAUCGUCAACCUGCCCUCUCACCUUUGACAAUGUUAAGGUUCCAGAGAAGAAUGUCUUGGGGCAGUUAGGCCAAGGAUACAAGUAUGCAAUUGGAAUGCUGAAUGAGGGGAGGAUUGGAAUAGCUGCCCAGAUGCUGGGCUUGGCUCAGGGCUGCUUUGACAACACCAUUCCAUACACCAAGCAGAGAGUGCAGUUUGGGAAAAGGAUUUUUGACUUUCAGGGCAUGCAGCAUCAAAUUGCCCACGUGGCUACCCAGCUGGAGGCAGCCCGGCUGCUAACAUACAAUGCAGCGCGCUUGAGAGAGACUGGGAGACCCUUCAUCAAAGAGGCCUGCAUGGCCAAAUACUUUGCUGCGGAGGUCGCAACCUUGACAAGCUCCAAAUGUAUUGAGUGGAUGGGAGGGGUUGGAUUUACUAAAGAUUAUCCCAUUGAAAAAUACUACAGAGACUGCAAAAUAGGCACAAUUUACGAAGGGACAACAAACAUACAGCUUACAACAAUGGCAAAGGUCAUCGACCAGGAGUAUGAAGCCUGAGCUACAUAAUAUAUAGAGAAGCAUUAAAACAGCCCAGUACAGAAGCAACAAAACCAAGAGCCGUUCAGAAUAAAAUCAAAUGUCAAACAUAGUAAGAGAAGUGUAAAAAAAUAAAUUUGAACAUACUUACUCGUUGUGGGGUCUGUGGCACAAUGUUCCAAUAUAAACAGUUUAUAGUGAUUCAGAUAUUUUCUGUAAUCUGCUUCGUUAAUGUAUAUAGAUGUUUUGAAUGUUAUCCUUUAUUUAUAGUUACUGUUGUGCCAUUGUUAACGAAUUAUGGUAUCAUAGCAUAUAAUAUUACAAUCAAUGGUAAAUACAACUUUAUUGCUGACUGCAAUACUAAAUGCCUUGCUACUAAAUUGACAGCGGGUUCCUGCAGGAAUUAUAAUGUACAUCCAAGGAGAGUAACUGAAACUCAGAAGGAAUGCAUUGCCUUAAACUCAGUUACUGGAGGGGUCUCCAAUCUACAAUUCACACUUGAUUUAGCUCUGUGUUACUGACAAUGGAGAAAUGUUUCUUGUAGCUGAACCAAACCAUAUCAUGUUUUAAUAUGUAAGUAGACGGAAUAUGCCUUGCAUUUAUAUUUAAUGAUGUAGUGGAAGAACUCCGAACAAGCUGAGGCACAGCUGGUCAUUCUGCUUUGUAUUUCAGCGUCUGUUACACAAACUGGAAAGGCGAUCUCGUGCUCUUGCUGCGUUGAUAGGAUGGUAAACGCUUCUAGUAUAUAGUGGGUAUUUAUUCAAUUCAGUAAAGUGGUGUUCUAUUAAAGGGUGUUAAAGAGCUAUUCUGUUUUUCUCGUAUUCUUCGCCUUUAUAAUUCUAAAAGGAAUUUCACAUGAAAUGUGACUAUUUAUUUUUUAUUUUUUUGAUAGAACACAUGAAACCUGAUGGCAAAAUGUUGUGAUUGCAGUUUAAUUUUAGUAAAGAUAGUCCCUGGGCUAUUACAAUCUAUUCAACCACUGACUGGUACCUCCAGCACCAUUUUGACCUGAUCUUUGCGUCAUUGAAAUGUUAUUUAGUGUCCGCUAAUUUACUGGAAUCGCUGUCAGAUCAGCCUGCUGGCAGUGUUGACAUGCUUUUCCUGUCGUAUCACAGUGUCUGGAAAUAAGAAUGUGUGUUCAAAGUAACAUUCAAGAAAAAUAAGUUAAAUCAGAAAAUGUAGUAUUACAUAUCCAUCACAAUUUCAUAAUUUGUAACACAGACAUUUUACACAAAUAACUGAUAAUUCUCAAAGUUGACUGUAAUAUUUAUUUUAAAAAAGCAAUAUGUAUGUAUAUUAUAAACAGACUACUGUUGCAAUAUUUCUAUUUAGACUUGCAAACAAUGAGCAUCUGGAGUGUAAAACAAGACUACCACUAGGUGGAGCUGUGUGACAAGCAAAAACAGCAAUCCAGCGGUUUACAACAAAGAAGUGUUUUAUGUUCGUCGUCAGCCAGAGCCUGCAGAGAAAGCCGUUACAGCAGUGUGUUUUAAAGGGGGUGUUCAUGUUGUUAUUCAAUUAGGUGAAAUUAGAUUACCGGAUUUCAUUAAAAAGCAGGUUGCUUAACUUCAAAA